AUGGCUGCUGAUGAAGACAUUAUUAAGGAUGGGAACUAUGACCCACAUGUGCAAACCGACAAAGACAAGGUUGAUUAUGCACCAAAAGGCGUUGAUACAACAGAAUAUAGGUAUUAUCCUGAUAAUCCAGAGUCUACACUGAAUAAGUACAGAUUUGCAAUGAAAGAUCACAGUCAAUACUAUGAUCCUUGUCAGGAGUCUGCCAAGAUGAGUUUUAAGUGCCUUGAGCUAAACGACUAUGAUAGGGACCAAUGCAAAGAAUACUUUGAUGCUUACCGUGAAUGUAAGAAGCAGUGGCUAGAAGCACGUAGAAAGGACAGAACAAAUUGGAGUUGA